CUUUUAAUCUAGUUUUAAUAAGUUAGAGCCAUUAUGUAUAAAUCAAUUGAAGAAUUUGUUGCAAAACAAGAGGUUUUACUUAAAAUUGAACAGUCAGCAGAAGUGGAAGAGAAAACUACACUUUAUUCAAAUAAGAGUCCAAAGGUUCUUGAGAAGCUUGGACUCUGCAUUCGUUAUCUUUAUGUAGAGCAACAAUCGACAGGUCUUUAUGGAAGAUUUUUAGUUGUGUUUUCAGUUGCAAAAUCAAAAGUUAUGAAAGUUUCAGAUCAGCAAACUGAUUGCAGAAGUAAUAAAAUAAAAGCUCAUCAGUUUUAUCCAGGAGAUAUUGUUGGUGUGUAUGGCAAUAAAUCAAAUUCUCAAGAACCAAUCAGUACAGGAACUGUUUUAUUUGUUAAAGAUAAUUCAACAACAGUAGCCUUUCAGGAAGAGUUUGAUACUUCAGUUGUAUCAGUUUACCGACUUAUGAAGCUUACUAAUGAUGUCACAUACAAAAGACUUGAAAGAACCCUUAAAUUGCUCCUGAGACUUCCAUCAUCCUCACCUUGUAGAGCUUUAGUCAGCAUUAUGUUUCCCUGCUGCUCAAGCCCAAAUGAUCGUCUAGGAUGCUUGAGUAAACAGAUUAGUUUUUUUGAUGAUAACUUGGACAUAUCACAACAGGAAGCUGUGAAAUUUGUUCUGCACACACAAAAUUUGAUAAGUGUUAUUCAUGGACCUCCAGGAACUGGAAAAACAACAACUAUUGUAGAGGUUAUAAGACAAUCAGUAAAGAAAUAUAAUUCAAAGAUACUGGUAUGUGCACCUUCAAAUAUUGCUGUUGAUAACAUUGUGGAAAGACUUUCAAAGACAGACAUAAAAGUAAUUAGAUUGGGUCAUCCAGCUCGUGCUCUAAAUGAAGUGCAGAAGUUUACGUUAGAUGCUGUGUUAUUGAUGCAGGACUCUAGUGACAUUAUAAAAUCAGUGCGUAAAGAUAUCUCAGCAAUGUCGUGUAAGUUUAACAAAAGGAUUAACAAAAAUGAAACUCACACUGUGCGGCGGGAGAUAAAGGAGCUAAAACGUGAGUUAAAAAAUCGUGAAAGUAAAGCAAUACAAGAUGUUCUAAAAAAUGCUGAUGUUGUAUUAUCUACAACUACAAGUGCUUCAACAGAUGGGCCAUUAAAGCAUUUGCCUGAUAAUUAUUUUGACCUGGUUAUCAUUGAUGAAGCUGCACAGGCUAUGGAGGCUUCUUGUUGGAUUCCGCUUCUUUUUUCAAAAAGAUGUAUUUUAGCUGGCGAUCAUAAACAACUUCCUCCAACAAUUAUUUCUGAUGAAGCAGCUAAAGACGGUCUUUCAACAACACUUCUUGAAAGAGUUGUUAAUGGAUUAGGUGAAAAUGCUGUUUGUAUGUUGACUAUGCAAUAUCGAAUGAAUUUGAUGAUAAUGAAUUGGCCAUCUUUGAUGCUAUAUAAUAACAAAUUACAAGCUGCUGAGAGUGUAAAAUCACAUUUAUUGUGUCACCUUCCUAAUGUACAACAUACAGCUGACACAAGCGUUCCUCUUGUUCUUGUGGAUACAGCAGGGUGUUAUUUUUAUGAACUUGAGCAUGAGGAUGAGCAAUCUAAAGGAAAUCCAAAUGAAGUAGAUAUAGUUAAAGAACAUGUUGAGAAUCUCUUGUUUGCUGGUGUUAAUCCUAAAGAUAUUGGUAUUAUAACACCUUAUAACUUACAGGUUGAACUUUUGCGACAAAGUAUAAAUCAAAUAAACUCUCAAAUAGAGAUUAAUUCAGUUGAUGGUUUCCAAGGAAGAGAAAAGGAAGCAAUUUUAAUUUCAAUGGUCAGAUCUAAUGAUGGUGGAGAAGUUGGAUUUUUAUCUGAGGAUAGGCGUAUUAAUGUAGCAAUUACUCGUGCAAGACGACACUUGUUUGUUGUAUGCGAUACUCAAACUGUAUCACAUCAUAAGUUUCUUGCUGAAUUUUGUGAGUACAUGAACAAAAAUGCUGAUGUACGUUUUGCAAAGCAACUAUGUACCAAUACAGUGUCAGCUGUAACUACAAAUGAACAGUUUGAAUUGCCCUCUAUACUGCAGUCGAAUGUUUUUAAAAAUUUAAAAGCAAAUGAUAAAAGUUCUUCUUCACACACUUUUUAUGAUGUGCAGAAUUCAGAAAGUUUAAAUUCUAACAUGUUAUUAUCAAAUAAUAAACCUGAUAAAAACGAUUAUUCUGCUCCUGAAUUAGCUAUCACACAACAUGGGUUAAUUGACACACAAAACGAAAUCAACAAAAAUAACUCAAAAAUAACUUUAAAUAAAGAUUCUAUAAUGGAUAUUAUUAAAGAGUUUAUAGAAAGUCCGAAUAAUGAGUUUUCUUUCCCUGCAACUUUAACUGGAUCUGAGAGAGCCCUUGUGCAUGAAUUAGCAGAAAUGUUUUUGCUGGAACAUCAAAGUUUUGGAAAGUCAGCACAAAGAAAGAUAAUAAUUAAGAAAAAAAUUUCUGAAAGUGCAUCCAAGCCUGUAAAACAAGACAUGUUGUUGUGUGAAACCUGUUUAUCAACAGUUCCACAAAAAAAUUAUGAGCUACAUAAGUUGAGAUGCCAAAAGGAUAUUAAGCAGAAACAAAAAGAUUUAUUACCUCAAAAAAAGGAAAAGAAAACUCAUAAACAGUCAGUUGUUGCUGAAGAUUUUGAUACCUUAGUUCAAUCUUUUGCUGAGAUAAACUCUCAUUGUUCCUUUCAAAAAUGUAAAAAUAACAUUAAGUUGCUGGGGCAGCAUUGCCAAUUUUGUAAUAGAACAUUUUGUUUGUCUCACCAUCAAGCUGAGAUACAUGGCUGUGCCGAAGCAGCAAAGUUUCAAGCUCGUCAAGAUAUGCAUAAAACUCAUUCGCAUUUGAAUAACAUUAAAAAGGCUCAACUUACAAAUACUUUAAAAAAAAAAGUUACAGAGAUGGAAAAAUCUCGAAGGAAAAAAAUACUAGAAGAAAAGCAACGCUAAAGUUUUUGUUACGCUAGAAUACUGCUUGAUGAAAUGUAAAGUAUCAUUUGGUGCAUAUAGUGAAGCUCUUAUUAUUGAUUUCA